AUGGACAUAUGUGAGAAGAAAAUGGGCAAGAUCCGGCUGGUCAUGGUCAUUCUAGGAACGAUGUUGGUCCUGGCUGGUCUUUGGGAGAGGGUGGAUGCUGGGAAAACCUGCGAAAUCGGAGGCAAACUAGCUUGCAUCACUUCGUGCAAGGUUCAGUGUUGUGUCACGGGAGAUUGCGAUUCAAAUCAGGUGUGCCGCUGCACUCGAUGCGACAAUGGUCCUUGUUGGCCAUAGAGACGGGGAUUGGAGUUGGACAUUGACAAUUCUUAGAUGAAGAUUGCACUUCAUCAUGAAAAUGAAACUAAUAAAUGUGCAUUGUUUUCAUAUGUUCAAAGAAAAGGGCAUAUACGUCCUAGGUGAGAAGGUGUGCCCCUUAGGCGGACAUACCUCCGACCAAUAUUUCCUCAAAAACAGAUUUGAUGUUAAUUACUGGAGAGCCUCUUUUUACUGGAUACAUGUACAACUCAUCUAACAAGAUUGCAGGUCUUGAGAAAUCCGAAU